AUGGUGGAGGAAGAGGUGGUGGUCGUGGGUGGCGGGAUGCUGUCUUCUUCUUGGCCGGCAAUGGAGCAGCACCACCGCGCCGUUGCGUACUUCGGGCUUUCUUGCGCUCUCGCCGUGCUGCGGCGCUCGGGUGGUGGGUGCGAUCUUUGCGCGGGGGGGCCUCUGCCGCCAUGCCGGUGGUCGCGGCGGAGGGAGCUGGCGCUGAGGGGGAGGGUCGGGGAGCUGGAGCUGGAGGUGGAGGAGCUCCGGCGGAGGAGGGCGGAGGACGCCAGGGCGAACGAGAAGGUGGCGGGCAUAUUCGCAGCGCAUGAGCAGCGGUGGUUCGCGGAGAGGAAGGGGCUGCGGCGGCAGGUGCACGCCGUCGUCGCCGCGGCCCGGGCGCGGGAGGCGGCGCACGAGGAGGCCGUGGCGGAGCUGACGGGGCAGCUGGAGGAGGAGCGGCGCGCGGCGGGGCUCAAGGAGGCGGCUGUGGAGCAGGAGGCGAGGCGGCGGGAGGAGGCCGAGGAGAAGCUACGGGUGGCGGAGCAGGCGGCGGCGGAGGCGCGCGACGGCGCCGGGAAGGAGGCGCAGGAGCACGCCGCCGAGCUGCGGAAGCACAAGGCGGCGCUCGUGGAGCUCGCGUCCGCGCAGCGGCAGCUCGAGGCGGAGCUCGCCCGCGCGGCGCGGCGCGGGGACGCCGCGGAGGCAGAGCUCAGGGAGGCCCAGGAGCGCCGCGACGCGGCCGCGGCGACGGCGGCGGAGCUCUCCGCGGAGGCCGCGCGGCUGCGGCGGGACGCGGAGCACAAGGACAAGAUCCUCUCAGCGAUGCUGCGCAAGUCCAAGAUCGACAUGGAGGACAGGGAGAUGCUGGUGCGGGAGGUGAAGAUGUGCAAGGCCAGGCGUAAGCAGGCGGAGCUGGAGGCCGACCGGUGGCGCAAGGUGUGGGAGUCCCGCCACCGCCGCGGCUCCAGGUCGUCGGCGAGGUGCGCCGCCGCCGCUGCGGACAACCCCGGCUGCUCCGACAAGCUGACAUCCCCCGAUGCCGCCUUCGCGCACGACACCAAGAUACUCUUCGUGGACCAUGUGGAGGAUGCCGACGCCAAGAAAUGCCGUCCUACGGCGGCGGCGCCGCCGGCGAAGGAUCCCACCGUCGUCGAAUGCGUCGACGACAAGCCCGUGGUGGAGGAGUACCAGGAUUUGCAGGAGUGGUUCAAGAUGGAGACGGAGAAGUACACGAGCAUGAUCCGGCAUCGCCACAGCGCGGAGGUGGAGGCGUUCACGGAGCAGCUCCGGCUCAAGGACGAGAAGCUGGAGGCGUUCCGGUGGCGCGCGGUUAGCAUGGACAUGGAGGCGUCGCGGCUGCGCUGCCGCCUCCAGGAGCUGGAGGCCCGCCUGUCGGAGCAGGAGCAGCGCCGCGCCGCGCUGGAGGCGCUGCUCGUCGAUAGGGACGACGAGAACCGGUCGCUCAGGGAGCGGCUCGCCGUGCCGGACCAGGCAGGAGCCCUCGACGGCGACGACGACGACGCGGAGAUCUGCCCCGCCGAUGGCAACGCCGGCGGUUGCGAGCAUGGCGUUCCGUGGUCCCCGGACCGCGUCGAGGCUACGGAGAUCAAAUUGCUCGAGCCGGUCUCGCCGGACGAACACAAGAACAAGGCGUUCGACAUGGAUGCCACAGAGGCGUACGCCGUCGUCUCGGUUCCGGACGACCUGGUCGAACACGAGCAGCGGCCGAUCGCGCCGGCGCGAAGCUCGUACACGUGCGAGAUCGAGGAGGAGGAAGACGAGGAGAAGGAAGUCUCCACCGAUCCAGGGAUCACGCAACCGCGGGACAGCACGGACCGUCAGGAGGUCUCCGAGCUCGCGCUCGUGGUCGCGGCGCCGCCGGACCAAAGAACCACCGCUUCGAAGAUGGACAUCCAAGCGCUCGCCGUGUCGUACAAGAUCAAGAGGCUGAAGCAGCAGCUGCUCGUCCUCGAGAAGCUGGCCGCCGCGGCAGCAGGUAGCAAGGACACGGUGACCGCCACAACGAAGCCGUCGAGCAACGCCGCCGCCACCGCCACCAUCGCCGGCGGCGGGAGGCAGCAGUAUCCGAAGAGCUACCAGAUGAUGGUGUCCUUCCUGAGCAAGCACGUCAAGAGGUACCAGUCCCUCGAGGACAAGAUCGACGACCUCUGCACAAGAAUGGAGGAGAGCAAGCGGGGCGGCGGGCGGCGGGAGAGCGGCGGCGAGGGGAGCUGCCGGGAGCUGGCGCAGUUCCUGGAGGAGACGUUCCAGCUGCAGCGGUACAUGGUGGCGACGGGGCAGAAGCUGCUGGAGAUGCAGUCCAGGAUCGCGCCGAGCCUGGCCCGCGCCGCCGCGGCCACCGGCGGCGGCGACGGCGACGUGGACAUGGACAUGGGGAGGUUCAUGGACGUGGUCGGGGCGCUGCUGCGCGACGUGCAGAGGGGCCUGGAGGUGCGGAUCUCGCGGAUCAUCGGCGACCUCGAGGGCACGCUCACCUUCCAUGGCAUCCUCCACGCCACCCUUCUGAAAUCCUGAAUUCUGACGUGCCAUUGCCGCACCAAACCACAGAACAGCUUCUUCUUAAUUUCCUUUAACCUGUUCCAUCUGAAACUGAAGAGGAGCAAUGUAACUGCACGAUUAAACUGCAUCUGCAUAUGUAGAGAGAGGAAGAACUACUACAAUCCAAGAUUAGCUCAUACUACUUCUUCUAUGAUUCUAUCAAGCUUGUAUUAAGCCGAUCUGACAGCUCCAGCAGCAUGCAUGCCCUAACCACGGCCAUGGUUCGAUGAGAGUUUCACUAUGGUAGACCUGACAAAUGUACCUUGACAACUUCUAUAGUGCUAUCUCUUGCUCUAGUACAAUUAAUCUGUAUUUUCUCGUUUCUAUUUUUACUAGCAAAGGAGUGUAAUUAUUGAAUAAUAUAAGACACUCGUA